AGCAGAGGAAGAAUCCGCUUCACCUGUGGAUCUAUCCCGACGGUUGUCUGGCCGCUUGCUGAUUUAACAGCUCUUUCUUUCUGCACUUUUGCUCAAAGACUAUGUCACUGUAAUCGACAUAGCCUUCGAUACAUAGUGCAAUUUCACAAACCUCUUAAGCCCAUUCACAAAGAACAACACAAGAAAUUUGAACCAAUAAAACAAAAAGAAUCAAACUUUGCUACCGACUAAGGAUAUUAUGUAAAUUUGAGCAAAACCCAUGUAAGAAAUCAUCUAUAUCAGCAAAUGAAUCAUAAACUCCGACGCCGGAGAUUUACUUAGCGCGGCGGUGGAAACAAGAGUAAGAGAAUUAGGGUUUUGAGAGAAGAGAAUCGGUUCCGUUAAAUAAAGAAACGUAUUUCAUCAGACUAUUGGGCCGGACCAAUAAAGCCCAUAAGUCGGGUCGGGUUGAGAUAAACCGGGUCCUUGCAACGGCGGCUAAUAAUAAAAUUAGGGUUUAACGAUGGAGAGAGUCGCUUCCAUUAAAUAAAUCUAUUGGGCUGAUCCACUAAAGGGCCCAUUAGUUAUGUCGGCUUGCGUGUUUGAAAAAUCAAGGAAAAAGAACGAAUUCGCUCUGUUUCCGCGGCAAUGGGAACUCUGUGAAAGAUGUUUCUUUUUUCUUCAUCGUCUUUACAAUUACGCAAGAUUUUCCCGCCGAUUUUCUCUGUGUUCGUGAAGCUGAAUUGCCUGAACUCUCGUGGGUUUUCGUCUGAUUCUGCUAAAACCCUCGCCGCCGGUGUCUCUAAAGCAAUCAAAGAAGGAAACUUUAACUUAUUAGAUUCUGUCUACGGCUCAAAUUUGCAACGAAACGAGACGAAUCUGGUCCUUCUUUCGCUUGAAUCAGAACCCAAUUCUGCGCGAUACUUUCGAUGGGCAGAGAUGUCUGGACGGGCUUCUUUCUAUACCAUUGUAUAUAGGAUGCUAAAUUCUUUGAUUGAUGCUUCUCGUAUUGACUUAAUAGCUGAUAGUUUUGAUAAACUAUGUAGAGGAGGAACUGUGCCUUUUGGUGUGAGUGCUCAUGGAUUUGUGUUGGAUGCUCUUUUCCGAAAAGGAGAGGUUACAAAGGCUUUAGAUUUUCACCGGCUAGUGAUGGAGAGAGGUUUUCGUGUUGAUAUAGUUUCUUGUAAUAAGAUUUUAAAGGGUCUUUCGGUUGAUCAGAUAGAGGUAGCUUCUCGGAUGUUAAGUUUGGUGUUGGAUUGUGGUCCGGCACCUAAUGUGGUGACUUUUUGUACGUUGAUUAAUGGGUUUUGCAAAAGAGGCGAAAUGGAUAGAGCAUUCGAGCUUUUUAAAGUUAUGGAACAGAGAGGGAUAGCGCCAGACUUGAUCGCUUACAGUACUCUGAUUGAUGGAUACUUCAAAGCUGGGAUGUUAGGAAUGGGUCAUAAACUUUUCUCGCAGGCCUUACAUAAAGGCGUGAAGUUGGACGUGGUUGUCUUCAGUUCAACCAUUGAUGUAUAUGUAAAAUUCGGGUAUUUAACAACAGCGUUUGAUGUGUACAAGAGAAUGUUGUGUCAAGGGAUUUCCCCUAAUGUGGUUACUUACACCAUUCUCAUAAAAGGCUUGUGCCAGGAUGGUAGGAUUUACGAGGCUUUUGGGAUAUAUUGUCAGAUCUUGAAACGUGGUCUGGAGCCAUCCGUUGUCACUUAUAGCAGUCUCAUUGAUGGUUUUUGCAAGUAUGGGAACUUGAGAUCCGGGUUUGCUUUGUAUGAGGAUAUGAUAAAGAUGGGUUAUCCACCUGAUGUUGUCAUUUAUGGUGUGCUUGUCGAUGGCCUUUGUAAGCAAGGGCUCAUGCUUCAUGCUUUGAGAUUCUCUGUUAAGACUCUAGGCCAGUCGAUCCGGCCCAAUGUUGUAGUUUUUAAUUCCUUAAUAGAUGGCUGGUGUAGAUUAAACCGUUGUGACGAGGCUUUGAAGGUGUUUAGAUUAAUGGGGAUAUAUGGUAUAAAACCUGAUGUAGCCACAAUUACCACGCUUAUGAGGGUGACUGUCAUGGAAGGUAGAUUAAAAGAGGGAUUAUUUCUAUUUUUCCGGAUGUUCAAAAUGGGUUUGGAACCUGAUGCUGUAGCAUUCUGUACCCUAAUGGAUGCAUUCUGCAAGAAUAUGAAGCCAACCAUUGGGCUUCAGCUUUUUGAUCUUAUGCAGAGGAAUAAAAUUCCUGCGGACAUCGCAGUAUGUAAUGUUGUUAUUAAUUUGCUUUUCAAAGGACAAAGCGUGGAGGAGGCUUCUAAGUUCUUCAAUAAUCUUCUUGAAGGAAAGAUGGAGCCUGAUAUUGUGACAUAUAACACAAUGAUAUGCGGCUACUGCUCUUUGAGAAGGUUAGAUGAAGCAGCGAGGAUUUUCGAGAUGCUAAAAUUUACACCUUUUGGACCCAACGCCGUUACUUUGACUAUACUUAUCCACACACUCUGUAAAAAUAGUGAUAUGGAUGGUGCUCUAAGGAUGUUCUCCAUAAUGGCGGAAAAGGGCCCCAAACCGAAUGUUGUCACAUACGGUUGUCUAAUGGAUUGGUUUUCAAAAUCCAUCGAUAUUGAAGGUUCGUUCAAGCUUUUUGAGGAUAUGCAAGAGAAAAGUAUAUCUCCAAGCAUAAUCAGCUAUAGCAUCAUAAUCGACGGUCUUUGCAAACGAGGAAGAGUGGAUGAAGCAACAAAUAUAUUCCAUCAAGCCAUAGAUGCAAAGAUACUACCUGAUGUUGUUGCCUACGCAAUUCUUAUCCGUGGUUGUUGCAAGGUUGGAAGACUCGUUGAAGCUGCAUUGUUGUAUGAACAUAUGUUAAGAAAUGGAGUCAAACCAGAUGAUUUGCUGCAACGAGCCCUUUCAGAAUAUAAACCCCCAAAAUGGUUGAUGAGCAAAGGGGUCUGGGUACACGAUAAACCAAUACCUGAUUAAGGAGUGAGUGUGCUUCAUUACUGGUGAGCUCUUUAAAACUACAUAUCUGGUUUACAGAGGAAUCAAAUGUACGAUGUUGUCCAUGUGAAGUCUAAGGAGAAGAAAUUAAUAAAUAUAUGUUGAUUCGAGCUUUU